AUGUCUGUGGACACCGCUGCCGCCGCCCCCGUCACCGACCGCCGGCCUUCUACGACGAUGGUCAGUCCCCCGCAUCAGCAGCACCACCGCUUGCCUCACGCGGUGACGGCUACUGGGAAAGAGAGACGGGUAUCGCGCGCUUGCGUCUCCUGCCGGCUCAGGAAGACGAGAUGUGACUUAGACUAUGGCGGUAACCCAGGUAUACCACCCUGCCGUCGCUGUGUAAGAGAACAAAAAGAAUGCGUCCUAGCAACAUCAAGAAGAGGCGGCCGACGGCCCCGUAAGUUUGUCCGCUUACCACAAGGUGACGAUGCCGUCUUCCCGCAUCAACAACAACAGCAACACUCGGACACCGUCACCGGGCCGGCAGCAUACGACUCAGGACCGGGAGCCGGAGACGUCGGCAUUUCCUCGGCGACGAACAUCCGAGAACACCAGCACAUGCACCACCAGCGCUCCACCAGCCCGGCGGAUUCUCGGCACCGCAACGACGGCGGCGAGCCCUGGUCGUGCUCCCCCGAAGAGGACGACGACGGCCCGGCAGAGAGGCCGGCGAGUUGGCCCGGCUCCACUUCGCAGCCGGACAGCCCCGGCGGCCGGUCGACCCGGUCCCUCAAGAGUUCCGGCGAUAUCGAGGGCCACAUCACCUCCAGUGACUUGUUGAAUCCUUCUGAUGCGCUUAAUCUCCUGGCGCAGGUUGCUGACCUCGAUGGGGAGGAACGGCGUGACGAUAUGCGACACCUGUCUGUGAGUGAUGCUACGGGUCGGGAUAAGUGCAGUCCCAGGAAAGGGUCACGCAAGCCAUCGACACCUGCGGCGACCCAUUAUCCGCCAAUAUCAGACGGAGUAUUAAGUCUACCUGUCGCUUCACGUCUACUCACAUUGUAUGACACCCCUCACCCACUCGAUCCUCUUCAAGACACCCUUAUCGUGGGGCUAACCACAACCAGAUACAUCGACCACUUCCACCCCUUCUUCCCCGUAGCAGACAAAUGCAUCCUCACCCACACCCCCGCCACAGUCUCCUCCCUCAUCGAUUCAGAACCCCACCUCGUCACCGCAAUCUUCACAGUCGCCUCCAAAGACGAGCCAUCCAUGACCCGCGUCCACGAGGCCUGCUCGCGGUACAUGGAGACCCUCAUCUCCAAGCUCAUCUACAAGGGGUCCACCACCGUCGGCGCCGUCGAGGCCCUGCUCAUCCUCGCGCAGUGGGCGCCGCAGAGACUUCAGGAGAAGCCUACCGUCGGGCGCGGCGAGGAGGACGAGGGCGCGUGGAUGCAGAUCGGCGUCGCGAUACGGCUGGGGUACCUGCAGAGUCUGGAGCAGACAGGGCUGUUGUCGGAUAAGACGAGCCCGUCGUCGGAAACGUUUCGGAGGAAGAGGUUGGUUUGGGCUGCUUGCUACAUGAGUGAUAGGGAAGUGUCGAUCCGCGUAGGCAAGGGGUUCUGGUCCCGUGGGCCGGGACCGUCGACAGUACCACGCUCUGCGGACUUCCCAUCUCUAAGAAUACAGGAAGCCGGGGGAGACAACCUCGGACAGCUGUUCCAGGCUCAGCUUGAGUUGAUACAGCUCUUCAGCAAUGCUCAUGACAUACUAUACUCAUCAUCAAGUCAUAGAGCUCAGCUGUACCUAGGCGGAGAGUACGUGAGGUAUAUAGAUGACUCUUUUGCAGUACUUCGUAAAUGGAAGAUCGUCUGGGGAAGCCUCAACUUCACGCCCUUAAUAAAAGCAGGCCUCAACCUCUCCUACGAGUUCCUCCGCCUCUAUAUCAACGCCUUCGCCUUCCAAGCAACAAUCAACCGCGCAAUCACCAAAGCCCGCCAACAACAGCAGCAACAGAUGCAGCAUAACCAACAGCAAUAUCAGCAGAGCCAGCAGAGUCAACAGCAGAACAUGUCCUCAAAAGAUCAGAAACAGCAACACAACGGACACGAGACAACGACGGCAACCCAAGCGCCAGCAAGACACCCACCACAACCACUGCCGCAGCCACCAACGACGACUAUCAGCAGCCCCCUAUUCGCAGACCUCGCUAGUACGCCCGACGCCCGCUUCAUUUACGAAUCAAUGGACGCGGCCAACUCUCUUCUAAACAUCCUCAACUCCUCUGUAGAUCCGGCUACCGGGUUGAGGUACAUGCCACUAAAGUACUACCUCUACGUAAUCUACGCGGCCGUGUUUCUCUUCAAGGCCCGUCUCGCUGGCGCCCUAGGAAGCGAAGCCUCAGAAAGCGUCCGCCGCUCAAUCAACGUCACAAUCGAAGGCCUCCAACGCUCCUCCUUGAGCCCGCACAGCCUGGGUCAGCGCUACGCGCGCCUUCUUUCCCUGCUAUGGCGUAGUAAACCAGAAGAACACCAGCAACGGAGUCAAGGACCUACCCUACAGUCCAACGUCACCAUCUCCUGUCCUGACGGUCACGCGGUCGAUGCCACCAACACUGGAGUACCGUGUCCGGCGUUCGGCCUCCAUAAUGGGGCAGGCGGCCCCGGGUCCGUGUCGGUGCACGUACCGACUGUACCGAGCUCGGCCGGUGCCGGUAACAGCAAUGGAUAUGGAGGUCUUGGUGGACAUGCCGACCAUCAUCAAGGGUUUGGCGGGAUGUCGCAUGGUCAUGCGCAUUCGAAUAUGGCUGCCUUCCCUCAUCAGCCCGAUCUUCUAGUCAGAGGCUUCUCAUGGCGAGAUCUAGAUGAUCUGGGGCAAUUCAUCGGGCCGGCGGACAUGAACUUUUCUGAUCCUGCCAAUUUGGCGGUGAUGGGCGGGUCGAUUAACCUGGAUGAAGGGGCAGGGUAUGAUGUUCUCUGGCCUGGGAAUGACGUGGUCUUUUGA